AUGUACAUUUCCAACGCUCUCAGUCUCAGUAUUCUCGGCUUCGUCGGGACAUCAACAGCCCUAUGGACCAACUCGACUGGAACUUAUCAUCGAUUUGCAGCGGCCAGUUACAACCUGGUCGACACAUACAACAGUAACAACUUCUUCAACAGCUUCAACUUUUUCACGGGUGGUGACCCCACGCACGGAUUUGUAAAUUAUCAAUCCCAAGGCGCUGCUGCGAGCCAGGGUCUCAUCAACAGCAACAAUGGGCAGAUCUACAUGGGAGUUGACCACACAACAUACAACCCUCCUUACCCAGGUCGUGCUUCUGUGCGGGUUGAGAGCAAGAAAUCCUACAACCACGGUCUUUUCAUUGCUGAUAUUGCUCACAUGCCUGGGAGUAUCUGUGGUGUCUGGCCCGCUUUCUGGCUUUUUGGUCCCAAUUGGCCAAGCAGUGGAGAAAUCGACAUCAUCGAAGGCGUGAAUCUCGCCGGCUCAAACACUAUCACUCUCCACACCUCUGCAGGAUGUAACAUCAACACCGCGGGCUCGCAGUACGGGACAAACCUGCAACACUCCAACUGCAACCAAGAUAACGGCAACACUGGCUGUGGUGUUACAACUACCACUGCGAAUGCAUACGGAAACUCGUUCAACAGCAUUGGGGGAGGUGUGUAUGCUAUGCAAUGGGAGAGUUCCGGCAUCUAUGUCUGGUUCUUCCCGCGAGGAAACAUCCCGGCUGAUAUAUCGAAUGGACGACCCGUCACUGGAAAUUGGGGAACACCAAUCGUGGCAUUCAACGGGGGCGGUGGAUGCAAUAUUGACUCGUUUUUCCGGAAUCAGAACAUCAUUUUCGAUACGACGUUCUGUGGUGAUUGGGCUGGAUCCGUCUGGGGAAGCAGCAGCUGCGCAGGCUUGGGAUCUUGUCAGAGCUAUGUUGGAGCAAACCCAGGUGCAUUUGCACCUGCGUAUUGGACCAUCAACUCUGUGAAAGUAUACCAGCAGUGA